AAAUUUAUUGCGAACAAGAAAUUAUUUAAAAUAUUUCAAAUGAAAUUCAAUCUCAUUUUUAAUCUCUGAAAAAAAUCUCACCUGAAUCACUGAAUAAUUAAUUAGUAAAUUUAUUAUAAUUAGUGUUGACACCUGUGAGUGUUAAAAAUUUACCGAAAUGUCGGAUGACGGGCCGAAAAUUAAAGCAAUCGAACGGGUUACAACACCUGCCAUAAUUGGCUUAGGUGUAGGUGCCACAUUUUUCGUAAUAAUUCUAGCCGCUGUAGUAUGUUAUUGCUACCGUAAACGUCGGCUAAAUGGCCUACAUGCAAAGUUAAGCAAUAAACGCCAGAGUAUGGAACAACAAUUGGCGUUCCCACGUUAUAAACGUUCAACGGCUGUUAAAAGUCCAGCUGGAUCUGGCGCUCCCCCACAUUAUUUGAAAAAAUCACCAAGUCCAACUGGAAAUCCACCUCGUUCUUCACCUGGGAUGGCAGCUCCUGGAAGUGGAACACCAAGUCCAACUGGUAGUGUGACACCAUACGCAGAAUGUAUGGAGGAACAUGAAAAACCAACUCCAGUUGAGUAUGAGACGACAAAUGAAACACAAACACCUAGCAAAGAAGAAACUGAAACAAAUGAAAAAAAUUUGGCUAAGGAUGCUGGCGUUGUUCCGACCAAAUUAGGGCAGCUGGUAUUUAAAUUACGUUACAAACAAGAGAAAGGUGCAUUAAUUGUAUCGGUUGUACGUUGCCGUGAUUUACCAGCCAAAGAUCCAAAAUUAGGUUCCAGUGAUCCUUACGUCAAAUUACAAUUAUUACCUGAUAAACAGCAUAAAGUUAAAACUCGUGUAUUACGUAAGACCCGUAAUCCUGUUUACGAUGAAGAUUUUACAUUUUAUGGUUUAAGCUUUAAUCAACUAUCGAAUAUUACGUUACACUUUGUCGUUUUGAGUUUUGAUCGAUAUUCUCGUGAUGAUAUUAUUGGUGAAGUUUUUUGCAGUUUAGCUGGCAUUGAUUUGAGUCAAGCAGAAAAUCAACAGAUUGCAUUAUGUCGGGAAAUUCAACCACGCAGUUUGAAGAUUCGAUCGCAAGGUCGUGGUGAAUUAUUAGUAUCAUUAUGUUGGCAACCAGCUGCUAAUCGUUUAACAGUCGUUGUCCUAAAAGCACGUAAUUUACCUAAAAUGGAUGUAACCGGUCUAGCUGAUCCAUAUGUUAAAAUGUAUUUAUUAUAUGAUGGACAAAGGAUUGCAAAGAAAAAGACACACGUGAAAAAACGUGUAUUGAAUCCAGUAUUUAAUGAAAGUUUUGUAUUUGAUAUACCAGCGGGUGGGGAAGGACUUGAAAGAGUCAGUUUAGAAUUUCUACUAUUGGAUUGGGAUCGUGUCACUAAAAAUGAAGUAAUUGGAAAACUUGAACUUGGUGGAUCAAAAGCAACCGGUUCAGCUUUACAUCAUUGGCAAGAAGUAUGUAAUUCACCAAGAAGACAAAUUGCAGAUUGGCAUAAACUUCGAGAGUAGUGAGAUUUUUAAUUAAAUUUACAAUAAAUUAAAUAAAUACAAUUAUUUAUAAAACAUGUACCUAAUUGUUUUUUCAGCACAUAGAUUUUAAGUUUUAUGAAUUAUAAUUUAUUCAUUUUCUA